AUGAAUUCCAAUCUGAGCUUUCUGAACAGUUCAGGCGAUUCGCGAAGAUCCUCAUCCGAGUCAAAGAAAGGCGAGAGCUUACUUAGUAUAUUAAGCCCUAGCCCCAAAGCUGAAGAAGGCUUUCAAAGCCAGCAUAGCACUGACAAUAGUCGAAAAAGAAGUAACUCAGCCGGUACCAACAGCAACUCCUCAGUUUCCGAUGAUAGCGUGAUAAUUCGUCGAUCUAACUCGAUGGGAUCAAGUUACGAUAAUAACAGCCCCGAGCAAUACCAGCAAGAGCGAUCCGAGAAUACAUAUAGAUCAAACAGUGCUACUAUCGAUGAAAAUUUUGAUGAUGAAGAUCCAUUCGAAAAUGAGGUAUUGUUGCAGGAGCCUCCUUUGUCUCCACCAAAAGAACUUCAUCCAGGUAGACUCUAUGCAUUAUAUGAAUUUAGUGGUCCUGAUCCAUCCCAAUGUGAUUUGGAAUAUGAUGAUGCAGUAAUUCUACUUAAUGAUGAUGAUUCAUACUGGUGGUUAAUUAAGAAAGUGAAAGACGGCAGAAUCGGCUUCGCGCCAGCUGAGUGCCUUGAAACACCAGGAGAAAGAUUGGCGAGAUUGAAUUGUUGGAAAAACGAAGAACUUGAAAGAAUCUCCAAAGAGGAGACCCGGAAAAGAUCUAAGAGCUUGCUAAGUCUUACGAAAAAGGCUAGUAAAUUGGCUCAUGGAGGUAGUGGUUCUGAUUUAGGGAGUGUUACUGGUAGCUUGAAGAAAAAAACUAGUUCCAAGAGUGUUAUUUUCAAUGAAACUGUGGAAUAUUCUCAACCAAGCUACAUAAGUGACAGCGAAGAUGAAUAUUCAGAGGACGAAUAUGAAGGUAUGGAAGAAUAUGAAGGUAUGGAAGAAUAUGAAGAUGAUCAGAUGAUUGAUGAUAAUGUGAACUACAGUGAUGAUAAUGACACCCUUGAUGGCAAGGAAAGUGUUGAUAAACAACAUCAUAUUGUCAUUGAUGUAGGUGAUGAUUAUGAUGGCAAUAUUGAUAUAGACAAUAUUGACGAUGGGCCAGCUGCCAAUUCUCAAAGAUCUCCUGAGCCUCUCGUUGUUUCCAAAAUACGGAAGAAGUCUAUUGACAAUCUUAGAAAUGCUUCUGCUUUCAAGAAUAAUAGCAAAGAAAACUUGAAUAACGACGGAGGAAACAAAGCAACUGUCAGAAGAGCACCUACACCAACUACUAUGAAACACCAACAAAAUCUUGCUAAUUUCAACGGCAAUUCUAAUAAUCCAGCCUCUCCACCAUUACAGGCGCCUUCAAUGGACAAUUCAAAUAAUUCGGGGCAGGGCUUGCAUCAUCAUCGCAACAAUAGUAUGUUAUCAAUCCUGGAUGAUGAUGCCUCGCUAUACAACCGUUCUUCAUCUAUUUAUGAUGGUGAUGCUUUAUCAUUUAGAAAAUCCCAAGAUAUGGAAACUAUGUUACAAUCUACUCCAAAAAAUAUGAACCUCAGCCAUGCGCACAGCAAUAAUAAUCUCGAAAGCUUAGUAACUACCCCUCCAAGUGCUAACAACCCUGAUGCUGGUAGUAAUGGAGGAAGCAAUCCAUUGGGGGUUAUCCCAAACCCUGCCUUGAGCCAAUCUCUCGCAAAGCGUACCAAUUCUGUUGCCACAGUUUCGAGCUCAAAUUACAGUAUUGGAGAUUAUUCCCCAAGCUCAUCAGAAUUUGAAAGUGAUACCAAUACUAGCAAUAAUCAAACUCCAACCAAGUUCCAGGUAUUGAACUCAUUGCAAUUGAGCAGCAGCACUAUUAAUAAUGGGAUUGGGCUUAAGGGCAAAAUCAGUAAUAGUAGUAGUGUGAAUUUUAACCAGUUACAAAAUACCGGAACCACCAAUGGGUCAUCUAAUGAUGCUGGUAGUGCCACUGCCUUGAAUAUCCUAAAGAGAGCCCAGGAUUCAGACUAUCCAACACAUGUGAAAACAAGUAGUAUCAAUACUGCCGAGUUUAGUGAUAUUACAGACAAUGUUGAUUUGGAUGGUUAUUCCACCGAUGAAAAUGAAAAUGGAAAUGAAAGACAACAACACAAGACAACAAAUGAUCACGACAAUACUAUAAGUGAUUUGAAAAUGGGAGACGAGAAGAAGAUUCUUGGGUCUCCGGUAAACUUAUUUCAAGAAAGUACGAUACUUGAAGAUCCUCAAGUCACUCAGAGCAUGAUGGACUCCACUACCAAUAAUCUUAUCGGAUUGUCACCUGUUAGGGCGGCGGAUAUCCCAACCCCAGCAGACACUCUAACAUUGUCAUCUGCUAAAAAGAAUGACUUGGCAAGUGAUACGAUCAGUGAAAUUGAUCGCCAACUCAAAGAAAUUAGUGAAUUGGAAGGAAGCUUUGGAGAUGCUGACAUCAGUAACUUCCAAGAAGAUGACUUGGAUCUUUCACAUAAUUCUGCAAAUCAUAACACCACUGAAGGGUUAUUUGGUGUUAAUUCUUUGGGCGUGAGCAAAACGAAUAGUUUGAAACAAAAGCCAAAAUUAAUGUUGAGUCCAUCGAAAUCGUUAACUAAAUCAAAAAACCAAGAAAAUAGACUUGAAGGAGCUAAUUUGAUGGAAUUUAAGUUGGGAGAUCCAAGAGGGUUCACUGAUAAUGACUCGAAUUCUACAAUUGGCGCUCUUAAUAUUGACAAUAAUCUUGGAGAAAAUAUAAUUUCUUCUAAUACUGAAAGUAAUGAAAUUUAUGAUGACGAUAAUGAGAGCAUUGGAAACGGGAAUGUUAACAACUCACCAAUCAUGAUCAAUAACAUCAAAGCAGGCAAUUCAAACUCCACCACAAUCACCAAUAACUCCCGCUUUUCCCCAGAUGAUGACGACGACGAUAGGAUUUAUGAUGAUGAUAUUGAAGGUCAUACAGUUGAUUUGACGCCGAAUUCAUCAUUCUUCACCAAUUCUUCAUCCUCUUUAAUUCAAGAGAAAUAUGAAUUCAAUCACCAUAGCAAUCAUUCACAUAUUACUCAAACCAAAGACGUUGUCAAUUCGAAGAUUAACAAUAGUACUACUAAUGUCAUGUUCCAAAAUGGCAGCGCUGUUGGUGUAACGUCCUCUCAAAUUACCAAUUCAAAUACCAAGUCAUUAAGAAACAAUUCAUUGUCAGAUUCUAGUGACCACAACACUGCCAACUAUAUGACCGAUUCCGAUAAGCCCAAACUUGUCGCGGGAACCGCGUUUGCCAAUCUCAACAGCGAACAUAGUUCGAAAUCGGAAAGCAACAACUCUGGACCAAUUAGUUACAGUACAGCUGGUUUGGCCAAUACAUCAAUCGUUAGUGACGAUGAUUAUGAAAGUGCAAACGGUAGCGUCGCUGGAAGUAUUAAGAGCAGUCCAUUCAGGUUGGAAGGUAAUAAAUCAUUUAGCAGCUUAUUAGAGAAUUAUCAUCCUGAGGUCAAUGAAAUGUUCUUCGAUGUGUUCAAUAGAGCCGACUCUUUGACUUCUAAGUUAGAAGAUUUGAAGAGAUUAUUGGUAAUUAACUAA